UAUUGAUACAGUCUAAUCAUCCCUGACACACAAUAGCCAAGGUUUCAGUUUGGGAAGUAUAUACUGCAAGCAGUUGUUCAUAAUUUCUACAUUUCGACAAUACGUUUCCCUUAUCCCUUCCUUGGUCGACACUGAACAACAUCUAUCUCAACUGAUCGAUGGCCUUCCUUAUGAAUCAAAUGUUGGGUGAUAAGUUGAAGAAUUUUACCGGAGGUGGUGGUGAUGGUGGUGAAGACAAAGGAGGAACUGGGAAAGAAACGCCAGAAUCCAAAGGCAUGUCCAGGGAGGAGUUCGAGGAGUACCAGAAACAGCUGGUGGAAGAGAAGAUUCAGCGAGACCAGGACUUUGCCACCAAGAAGGCCGAGAGAGCCAAUCUAAGAGUGGCACUUAGAGAUAAAUACCGACUUCCAGAAAAUGCUCAAGACACUGCAACAGUUGAGAUGGCUGGAGAUGAUAUUGAUGUGCCAGAGGAACUGGCAAAAAUGGUGGAUGAAGAUGCGGAAGAAGAGGAGGUCAACGAUUCAUUCCUGAAGAAACUUCAGAACAUGGACGUGGAUGCUCUUAAAACUAAAGCCCAGACCACAAUGACAGAGAUGAAGCACACUGCAGAGGAGAAGUGCAUUCUAAUGUGAUUUUGAUUGUAAAAAAUACUCCUGCACCACUCCCAGGCCUUUGAUAAAUUGGUAACAUGGAGAGGGAGUGGAGUAGGCUGAUCUUUCUGCUUUUUAAGGUGAUGAAUUUAAUGUGGCCAUGAGGAGGUCUUCACUGCUCUUCUCUUAUUAACAUAUUAGGAGUUACUCCCUUUAUUAAUAAAAGAAAUGCUUGUUUUU